AAUAAUCAAGAUUUAAAUAUUCAAGUUAAAAGUAAACAAUGGCUUCAGACAGGGUUGCAGUCAUUACAGGAGGAGGCAAGUAAAUUCUCCUUGCCACCAUAUCGGCCAGCAACAUAUCCACACAUCCACCCAAUUUCCUAACAAUCUCAAAAGCUUCCGGAAUGGGCCUCGAAGUCGCAAAAUCUCUAACCCAACUCCCCAACUGGAAAAUCCACAUCCUCGACCUACACCCAACACGAGGCGAACAAGCCGCCUCAACCCUCGGCGCCACAUUCCACCAAACCAACGUCACAGACUACACCUCCCUCUCAUCCACCUUCAACACCAUCUUCCAAACCGACCGACGCAUAGACUUCGUCUUCGCCAACGCCGGCAUCGCCGAACACGCAAACUUCUACGAAGACCAGGCCGUCGACCCGCCCCCGGAACCAAAAGGCAUGCACGCCAUCGUGGACAUCAACCUCAAAUCCGUCAUCAACACCGCGAGUCUGGCACUGCACUACAUGCGGAAGACGCCCUCGUGCGUCGACAAGAGCCUGGUGAUGACUGCGUCGUGCGGGGGGCUGUAUCCGUCGUACUACUCGCCGAUGUAUACGGCGACGAAGCACGCGGUUGUGGGGUUCAUGAGGAGCAUUGCGCCGCUGUACUACAAGACGGCUGGGAUCAGGGUGAAUGCGAUUUGCCCUGGCACCGUGAAGACGAAUCUGUUGACAAGUGACGAGUGGAAGAAUUUUCCGGAGGAGUACUUCACGCCGGUGGAGAAGAUCGCGAAGGUGGUGGUUAUGCUGGUUGCGGGUGAGGAUGAUGGGAAGGGGAGGGGCAAGGCGGUGGAGGUUUGUGGUUGGAAGCAUUAUUAUAGGGAACAGGUGGACUAUUGUGACGAGGCUAUGAAGGCGGUGAUGGGUGCAACAGAUAUUGAAGUCUUGGACAACGCAACGCAUGACGGGGUACCAAAUGGCAAGUGA